UAACCUGGUAACAAGAAGACCAGCCCCCCACCCACUCCCCACUCUCAGGGGGAGGAGCAACAUGGCGGCGGCUCCACCACCACCACCACCACCGGCUGCGGGUAAUAACACAGGGGGGAUGCUUUGGAAGAUCUGUUAAAGUAAACCCGUAUUUGAAUACUGGUAUAAUGGUGGUUAGUCUCCUCGGGGUUCUGUUUUGUUUCAUUUGUAUUUAGAACAAUGGAUGUUGUCCUGGCAGUCAGUCAAACUAACACUAAGAUGUAUUAUAUUACUGUCCCUAUAUUAAAUGUAUUAUAUUACUGUCCCUAUAUUAAAUGUAUUAUAUUACUGUCCCUAUAUUAAAUGUAUUAUAUUACUGUCCCUAUAUAAAAUGCAUUAUAUUACUGUCCCUAUAUUAAAUGUAUUAUAUUACUGUCCCUAUAUAAAAUGCAUUAUAUUACUGUCCCUAUAUUAAAUGUAUUAUAUUACUGUCCCUAUAUUAAAUGUAUUAUAUUACUGUCCCUAUAUUAAAUGUAUUAUAUUACUGUCCCUAUAUAAAAUGUAUUAUAUUACUGUCCCUAUAUAAAAUGCAUUAUAUUACUGUCCCUAUAUUAAAUGCAUUAUAUUAAUGUCCAUGGAUUAAAUGUAUUAUAUUAAUUUCAAUGUAAGCCCUGUUAACGAACACGUGCAUUUCCUCACUCGUGUGAUGUUGUGGACACAUUUCAGAUGUCUCAAUCUAAUCAUACAGACAAGCACAGAGCUGUCUGUGGCAGCACAACUCACUACGUCCUGUAGUUAAAUACAUUGUGUGCCCCAUCAUAUUAUAUCAUAGAUCAAGCAGGCUGUAAAGGUCAAAUGAACUCUCCAAGCACCAUAACCACUAGAGCGCCUACUCUGAGUGCCGGAAGCCUUUGGAAUCGUGCUAAGCCCAGUGGUGCAGGGCUUAAAGGGAAACUAUAGUGCCAGCAAAACAGUAUGUGGCACUAUAGCUACCCCCUCUGUCUCUGCUGCCCAGCCAGCGGUGGAGACCUAAUGCGCAUACACGGCAGUGGGCGUGCUCGCAUUAGUACUUCCCACAUAGGAAAGCAUUAUACAGUGCUUUUCUAUGGGGUUUCGGGUGACGCUGGAUGUCCACAUGCAUAGCGUGAGGAAGUCCAGCAUCGGGCAACCAAAAGUCACCUAACGACCCAGAAGAUUGGUAGACAGCCACUAGAGGUGGAGUUAACAUACAAUGGUACUUAUUGCAGUUUAAAGGACCACUCUAGGCACCCAGACCACUUCAGCUUAAUGAAGUGGUCUGGGUGCCAGGUCCUUCUAGGGUUAACCCAUUUUUUUUAUAAACAUAGCAGUUUCAGAGAAACUGCUAUGUUUAUGAAUGGGUUAAGCCUUCCCCCUAAUCCUCUAGAGGCUGUCUCAUUGACAGCCACUAGAGGCGCUUGCGUGCUUCUCACUGUGAUUUUUACAGUGAGAGCACGCCAGCGUCCAUAGGAAAGCAUUAUGAAUGCUUUCCUAUGUGACCGGCUGAAUGCGUGCGCAGCUCUUGCCGCGCGUGCGCAUUCAGCCGACAGGGAGGAGAAGAGGAGGAUCGGAGGAGGAGAGCUCCUCGCCCAGCGCUGGAAAAAGGUAAGUUUUAACCCCUUUCCCCCUUCCAGAGCCGGACGGGAGGGGGUCCCUGAGGGUGGGGGCACCCUCAGGGCACUAUAGUGCCAGGAAAACGAGUAUGUUUUCCUGGCACUAUAGUGGUCCUUUAAUGAAAAUUGCAAUAAUUACCCGUUGCAGGGUUAAAGGGCAUGGGACACUGCACCCAGACCACUUGAAUGAGCUGAAGUGGUCUGGGUGCUUAUAGUGUCCCUUUAAUUGGCUGGGAGCGGUCAGUUGACACUGUUAGCCAACGAGCUGGCUCUGCACGGCGGAGUUUAGCUUAGCAUAGCCUGCUGAUCCAAGGUAAGUUUUCAAACUGUUAAUUGGUUAAGGAGCUUGGAGUGUUCCAGCCAAUUACCUGCACUGUAAGAUUUGUCCCCCAGGACAGGUAAGGAGGGUGAGGUGCCAGGGCACUCAUGGCACCAUAACCACUACAUCACGCUGUUGUGCUUAUGGUGUUUUUUUUUUUUGUUUUUUUUUUUUAUAUUACACUUUACUAUUAUUUACUAUAUGAAUGAAAUAUUGUUCAUUGGACUAAGAGAACCCUGAGCAACAAAUAAUUCUAAAUCUGAGUUUGCCACUUUUAAAGGAUCACUAUAGUCUACAAAAAAAACCCAAGAAAGACAGGUUCCCUAACCUUCUUCCUUGCUUUUAUAUGAACUUCCUCUUAUUAAAAAUAAUUUUCUAGUCCUUUUUAUGAUAUAAACUUACCUCUGUUCCAGCGCCGAGAUCCCUGUCAGGCGCGCCUACUUUUUCGUCAAAUGACGAAGUAGCAGGGCUCAAUCAGAUGCUUCUCUUACAGAAGCGUCAUUGCGAUCUGUGGCGCAUGCGCGGGUUCACGCUGCACCAAUCGCGUUCUUCAUAGAGCGGCAUUGAAUGCCGCCGUAUGAAUGAACUCAGCGCUCCAUAUGCGCGUUUGCGAGCUGAGCUGACUGAGAGGGAUGGAUGGAUGGAUCCAACACUCACUCACCCACAGUCACCAACCCACACAAUCAGUUACCCACCCACACUCGUUCACAAAAUAAGAUUACUUACAGUUUGGAUCCUCCCCUCCUGCUUGGUCUCUGGUCUUCAGCCUGUCAGCUCGAGCCGACGCUGUGUGCAGGAGAUGUUAUGUGCCUCCUAUCUCCUGUAUGCUGAUAGCAUGUUUGAUGUCUUCACCCAAGCGUGAAGACGUCAAACAUGAAGAUGAAUGCGAAUUAUGCAUUCAUCCACUCGGAAGUCCCUCUGGUGGCAGUCUGAGUGACUGCAACUGGAGGUGUUCCUAGCUUCCAAUGUAAACACUGUAUUUUCUCAGAAAAUACAGUUUUUACAUGAGAGGCUGCAUGGAGCUAUAGUUCUCACCUGAACAACCUCAUUAAGCUGAAGUUGUUCAGGUGACUAUAGUGUCCCUUUGAAGGGACACUAUAGUCACCUGAACAACUUUAGCUUAAUGAAGCAGUUUUGGUGUAUAGAACAUGCCCCUGCAGCCUCACUGCUCAAUCCUCUGCCAUUUAGGAGUUAAAUCCUUUGUUUAUGAACCCUAGUCACACCUCCCUGCAUGUGACUUGCACAGCCUUCCAUAAACACUUCCUGUAAAGAGAGCCCUAUUAAGGCUUUCUUUAUUGCAAGUUCUGUUUAAUUAAGAUUUUCUUAUCCCCUGCUAUGUUAAUAGCUUGCUAGACCCUGCAAGAGCAUCCUGUAUGUGAUUAAAGUUCAAUUUAGAGAUCGAGAUACAAUUAUUUAAGGUAAAUUACAUCUGUUUGAAAGUGAAACCAGUUUUGUUUUCAUGCAGGCUCUGUCAAUCAUAUCCAGGGGAGGUGUGGCUAGGGCUGCAUAAACAGAAACAAAUUGAUUUAACUCCUAAAUGACAGUGAAUUCAGCAGUGAAAUUGCAGUGGAAUGAUCUAUACACUAAAACUGCUUUAUUUAGCUAAAGUAAUUUAGGUGACUAUAGUGUUCCUUUAAGAGCCCGUUCUAAGCACCUAUGGGUCUUGCAUGAGCUUGGAUCCAAAUGACGUCUCAGAGGAGACUAUGCUUAUAGGAGUAUAUGAAGGGAAAAUGAUUGUUGACAUUAUCAUAUAGUGCCUGCUGUGUAUGAGUUUGAUUCCCAUCAAUCUUGGUACAUACAUGAUGACAAACUAAAGAGUGUCUGUCAUAACAUGCAAUAUGUAGGUUUUUCUUUGCUUGACGUGAUGUUACAAAUCAUGGGAAAACAUGAAAUAGCAAUCAGAUCAUACAAUGUAUAGAUGAAACAUGAUGGGUCAAUUUUGUAUUAUGGCAGUCAGUGCUGGAAAUAUAUUCAUUAUUAUUAUUUAUAUAGCACCAACACAUUUCACAGUGCUUUACAAUUAUAUGAAAAAAAAAGGUAUAUGAGAGGUGAAGAAGGCCUGCUCAAAUUAGUUUACAAUGUAUGAGGAUUUAAGUAGGCAGGGAGAUAUUUAGGUGUCUUACCACUGCUUAACCAGCUGAUAUAUAAAAUAAACCAUGCAACUAAUAUUUAUAAAUAUCUCCUGAACAUCUAAAUGGCAUCUAAUGAAUCAGCACUUGAAGUAUAACUCCACUGAUCUCAGGUUCUGCGCACCAGCAUUGAACGGUGUCAGUCACAAUGCACUCACCCUAUUACUUGCAGCUGAUAUGGAUAUUUAACGUACAACACUCAAGCUUGACUCUACUCAUCUUUAGAAUUAUUGUAAUAAAUGGUGCAACUUGAUCUUAACAGGUGCUUUAAGACUGGAAAUGGCAAUGCCAAGUAUUUAUUCUAAGGAAGAUGUAGGAGGUUUAGCAAAAUGUCAACAAAAUACAUCAGCUUCUAAAUAUCUUAGGAGGAGGUGAAGUGUUUUUUACUUUAUAUGUAGUACAUUACUGUCCUUUUCUUCCAUCCAUUAACGUAGUGUUUUCAGUCAUAUUAUCUGUAUCUAAUCCAUGUAAAGAAAGAGAAAUGUACAUAAUGUAUAAGUGAAUGUUUUGAAUUGGUUCACAAAAGCAUGUCCAUUUUGCUUCCUUAAAAUAGCACAUCCUACAUUUUCAGGCAUAUUUAAAAAGGCACUUGUACCCAGUGAUGCAACAUAAGAACCUUUCAGAAACCCUUGAAAUAUUAUUAUGCAUUGUAGAGCCAGUGCAUUAUAGUUAAUUGAAAUUACAUUCUCUCAUCUGUCCAUGUUUUUCAUUUAUUUUUUUUCUCAGCAAACAAAAUGUUGGACAUUUCUGACAUGACUUGUUUCUAUUUUGGUUUCCUUAAAAUCAGCUUAACCCAUGUUUUUUUAAUGUGGUUUUACGAAUUAACUGAUAGGUUAAAUCUUUUUAAUUUUUCAUAUGAAAUCUUUUCAUUAUUCAGCCAACUUAAAAGGACACUCUAGGGGCAGUAUCACAGUUUGAGUAUCUAAUUUUGCAGUUUGGUUUUCAGUGCACUGCAAUUCGGUUUUAAGUUACAGGGACACUACUGCACCAAAACAACUUUGCUUUAAUGAAGUUGUUACGGUGCAUGGAAACCCCUGAAGGCACUCUACCUCAAGGGGUUAAACCAUUCUCGAAUGGUUUAACCACAAAAUUGCCCUCAGUGGCUAUGUCCACUACCCCCGACGGCAUCCAGAUUCAGAAUUUUCAGAUUCAGGAAGCGCAGAAUCCUGCCGGGCAGGGUCGCUGUAGAUUGGCUGAGAGUGGUCAGCUGAUGCUCUCAUCCAGUCAGUUACUUCCCAUUCACAAAACUGUCUUGGAAAGAAACGUACCUUUUCCAAGCCAGUUUGGUGAAUGGGGAGUCACUGAUAAGCUGAGCGCGUCCGCUGACUGGCCUCAGCCAAUCAGCGGCGCCUCCUGAAUCUGAAUAUUUUGUAGCCGGGGGGGAGUGGACUUCGCUGUGGGAGGCAACUUUGGGGUUAAAUAGUUCGGAAACAGUUUAAACCCUUGAGGUAAGAGUGCCUGUAGAGGCCUCCCUGCACCAUUACAACUUAAUUUAGAUUAAGUUGUUUUGGUGCCAGAAGUGUCUCUUUCAUAACCAACCAGAUAUAUUUCGUAAUGGGAAUGAAAUUAAACCAAAUCUCAUUGUUUUGCUUAUUGAAGAAGUUGUUUUAAGCUUUUGUGUUCUUUAUCAAUCAAGUCUUUUAAUGGGUUUUUGCUAUUUGUACAGUGGCUGAUUUUGUUUUGCAAUUCUCAUAACUGUCAUGAUGAGCGGAUCUACUGGUUUCUUAAUGCAGCACUGUCACUUGUGAGGUAUUUGUAUUUUUAUCAAAAUCUCCUAAGGUGACAUUUCAUGGUGGUGUUUGAAGGGGAGUAGUCGGAGAGCUAUUGUUACCUCAGUUUGUUCCUUCUUUCCGCUGCCAUGCUUCUUCAUCUCCUGGUAACUUCACCUGCCAGAACUGUCCAUUAGUUUUUGCUAAAAAUCUUGUUUAGGAAUGUUUAAGAAAAAAAACAGGUGACAGUGUCACUUUAAUGACUGGCAUUCAUUGUUUUUAAAUGUAUAAGUUUUUAUGCUUUUUUUUUUUUUUUAAGUGGAAUUUAUUAAACAAAUGUAUAAAUUCUUAAUUCUGUAGGUUUUCCAAACAGAAACAGAGUUGCGAUUUUAGCAGAAUUAGACAAAGAGAAGAAAAAACUUUUAAUGCAAAACCAGUCUUCAACCAACAACCCAGGUGCCAGGUAUGUUCACAUUAUUGUAUUUUAUAAUACUAUACUAUUAAUUGUCUAUAUGGGUGUUUUGACUGGAUGCUAAUAUCAAGCUAUCUAAUGCAACAUUACUAUCGGGUGUCCUUAACUGAUCAAUGUUUUCUGUCAGUGGGUAGUAUGAUUGCGAUUGCAAUCCAAAUUUCUGCUGGUUGUGCCUCCAAAGUCAGAAUACCUUUAACGUCUAAAAACUAAAGCUAAACCACAAUUUCAUCUUCAAUCUAGUGAUGUUGAGCUCAGUAGACCGAUAUUGUAAGGUUAACAAAAAAUUGCAUCUUUUUGGUUUUUAACAAGUUGGAGGCUGCAGGUAGCAAAAUGUACUGAUAAUGCUUUUAGGUGACUGGUAUAUCGUCCUUUCAGGUGAUGAAAUUGCUCAGGUAUUGAUGGUCACAUUGUGUUGAUAACCCCUCUUCCUCAGGAUUGUGAGUACCAAAAUGUAACUUAAAGUAUAGAGCCAUUUUUCACCAAUCCAAUAAUGGUAAAAUUUAAAAAAUAAAUGAAAACUAUUUAGUGUGAGAAUGGAUGUAAGACUAUGACACAUUAGUUAUUUCCUGAUUUUGUAUUUGGUUUUGUACAUGACUUUGAGGUUUAAAUAAGGAGACACUAGAUUUGCCAAAACAACUUGAGCUUAAUGAAGCAGGUUUGGUGUAUAGAUCAAACCCCUGCAGUCUUACUGCUAAAUUCCCUGCCAUUUAGGAGUUAAAUCACUAAAGCUGAGUAUGCAGACGAAAUCCGCCCCCCAGGCUGAUCCAUAGUUCAUGAUGGAGAGCAUGCGAGUAUUACAGACAGCAGUUAUCAAUAAUCAUAAAUCAAAAGGAGAGAGCCCAGAGUAAAGGUUAGGACUCUGUACGAUGUUAAAUGUUACAGCGUGGUGGCAGAUAUCCCAGGGACCUGCCGUUCGUGUCCUUCUCCAGCUGUAGGUUGCUUUGCUCGGGGAUUCCGACUGCACGGCAGAGAGUUCGUAUGAGCUGUUGCCCCCUUGUGGACAUGCUGUUGUCGGGUGCCGUGACCUUGUGAAGGUGUAUCUGGCUGGAGUCCUUCUAUAGAGUGUCGCCUCUUGUCGGGCCGGCCCGAAGGUAAGUUCUUUGAUGGGGAGCGGUGUGGGCUACCUCUGAGCCUCGUUUGCCGAUGUCUCCCUUUGGUCACCGCUUGUGGGUCCCGACUUCUGGUGGGUAUUGAGUGGGCACAGCUCAGAGCCCUAUCUGAUCCAGCCACGCUGUCAGUCUCCUUCAGGGCUCUGUGGGGAGUUUGAUAUUUCUUUGCCGCAGGUUCACCGCUGUUGCAAGGGGUCUCGGGGCUUGGGCCGGUAUAACCCCCUCCAGCCUUAGGGGGUGAGACGGGACCUGCUCCACAACCUUGAGGGGGCUGGUGUGAUUCAGUCGGGCGGGAGUGAUUCAGUCGAGCGGGGCAGCAGCCGUCUACCCCGCUCACCGCCUAAGUAGGCCUCCUCUUGUGCGUACAACAUGAGUCAUUCUGAGGGACUAAAACACGGAGUGCAAGCCUCUCCCCAGGUCCAGUGCCCCUUCGUGUAUCGGACUGCGUUCUCUGGUCAUCAGGAGGGUACCAGUUCAGCUUUGACUUUUUUAAAUUUCGCCUGAUUGCAGGAGCUGUUGUUUCAUGCGGCUGUUCUGCAUGGCGGUCAGGCCCCGCCCCCCGAGAUAAAAAUAUUUUAAGUAAGCUAAAAUCUGAUUGAAACUGAAACCAUUUUUUUUCCUGCAGUCUGUGUCAGUCACAGCCAGGGGUAGUGUGGCUAGGGCUGCAUAAACCGAAAUAAAAGUGAUUUAACUCCUAAAUGACAGAGAAUUGUGCAGUAAUUCUCUAGACAACCACUAGAGGGCACGUCUGUGUUUAUAGCACAUGAAAAGUGUGCUAUAGCGUCGCUGGACGUCCUCACGCUAUGUGAGGACUUCCAGCGUCGCUGAAAUCACCAUAGGAAAGCAUUGAAAGCAUUUUUCAAUGCUUUCCUAUGGGGAGGUCUAAUGCGUGUGCGUGGCAUUGCCGCGCUUGCGCAUUAGGUCUCCGUCGCCGGCGGGCAUGCAUGCUUAAUAGGUCUCCCCCCACCCCCCCGGAUGACGUGGGCGGACCCUGACCCAGCGCCGAGGGACAUCGGCGCUGGAUACAGGUAAGUCACUGAAGGAGUUUUAACCGUCUCAGCAACUUGAGGUGGGAGGGAGACGGUUUGUUUUCCUGGCACUGGAGAGUCCCUUUAAGUAGGACACACAAGGUAUAAAAAUGCUGUUUUCUGUGAAUUGCAAUAUGUUUGCUUAUUUUGAUUGUUUAUUUGAAACUUAAAAUGUUGUAUGUCAUUCAGAUAUAUAUAUACAUACUCGAGUAUAAGCCGACCCGAAUAUAAGCCGAGGCCCCUAAUUUUACCCCAAAAAACUGGGAAAACUUAUUGACUUGAGUAUAAGACUAGGGUGGGAAAUGCAGCAGCUACUGGUAAAUUUCUAAAUAAAAUUAGAUCCUAAAAAAAUUAUAUUAAUUGAAUAUGAUGAAUGCAGUGUGUGUGUAUAUGAGUGCAGUGUGUGUUUGUGUUGCAGAGCCUUGGUGGGGGGUGGGCAUUUUUAUAAAAAAAAAAAAAAAUUUUGGUUAUAUUUUUUUAAAUUAUUUUUUUAUUAUUAUUUAUAUUUAUAUAUUAAUUGAUAUUAUUUUAAUUUUUUUUGUUAUAUAUUUUUUUAAUUAUUUUUUUAUUAUUAUUUAUAUAUUAUUAAUCUAUUUAUUUUUCGUCCCCCCUCCAUGCUUGAUACAUGGCAGGGAGGGGGGCUCUCCUUCCCUGGUGGUCCAUUGGCAGUUCAGUGGGGGGGGAGGAGGGGGGCUGGCAGAGCUGUUACUUACCUCUCCUGCAGCUCCUGUCAGCUCUCUCCUCCUCCGCGCCGGUCCAUGCAGCUCUUCUCUCAGCUCACACUGUAAGUCUCGCGAGAGCCGCACUAUGACCCCGCGGCUCUCGCGAGACUUACACUGGGAGCUGACCGAGGUGCUGACCGGACCGGCGCGGAGGAGGAGAGAGCUGACAGGAGCUGCAGGAGAGGUAAGCGCUCGCUGCCAGCCCCCAGUCUGUAUUAUGGCAAUGUAAAUUGCCAUAAUACAGACAGUGACUCGAGUAUAAGCCGAGUUGGGGUUUUUCAGCACAAAAAAUGUGCUGAAAAACUCGGCUUAUACUCUAGUAUAUACGGUAUAUAUAUAUAUAUAUAUAUAUAUAUAUAUAUAUAUAUAUAUAUAUUCCUCAGGGCCCCCAUCCCGUUAAAACCCCUUCAGCCACAUACUUUUAUCCAGCGCCAGGCUCCCUCGACGCUGGUGACCUCUCAUCCCCCUCCGACAUCAGCUCCCGAGUGGAGCCGAAUGUGCAUGCCCGGCCACAGCCACAAGCACAUUAAAAAUGCCCAUAGGAAAGUAUUUCUCAAUGCUUUCCUAUGGACGCUCUGUGCGCUCAAUGCGAUUUUCAGGAAGACAGCCACUAAAGGCUGGAUUAACCCUGCAAUGUAAACCCUGAAACUGCAAUGUUUACAUCUGAAGGGUUAAAACCUGGAGGACCUGGCACCCAGACCACUUCAUUGAGCUGAAGUGGUCUGGAUGACUAUAGUGGUCCUUUUAAGCUAUAGUGCUUUCGCUACCACUGUUUGCUAUAGGUAGUGAAUAAUUUUAACUUACCUUUGCUUAUCUAGGGGAGAAGUAUGUAGAGAAUAUAUUGGACAUCAGCCUGGAUAUAUUUAUAGGGACACUCUAACAAUUAUAUCUUAAAGGAACACUGUAAUCCUAACACCCUUUCUUUCACUUGCCUGAUUCCAGCCUGGAUACCUCUCCUUCUCCUGCGACAUCACAGCAAUGGGAGAAUCUAAUGCACAAGUGCUGCGGGCAAAUUAAUUUUUCUCUAUACGAAAACUUUGAAUCAAUGCUUUCUAUUGAAAUUUUCAAGACGCUGGACGUCCUAAUGCAAAGCGUGAAGACCUCCAGAGUUGUUUCACAAAAUUAAACUGUGUGAAUCGAGGAAGUGGUCCUAGUGGCUGUCACUAGAGGCAGUCUUAACCCUGCAUUGUAAACCUUGCAGGGUUAAGGGGCCGCGAUACUGAACCCAGACCACUUCAAUAAGAUGGUCUGGGUGUCUAUAGUGUCCUUUUUUUUUUUUUUUUAACACAGUGAGGCCAUGAAUCAAAUCUAACACGGGAACAUUCUAAUUUAAAAGUUAAACCUUAUAAUAUUUGUGUCUAUUUAUGUCUUUAGCAUCGCACUUUCAAGGCCUAAUGUAAACAAAGAUAUCCGUGACCAUGCCGAGCAGCAACACAUAGCAGCACAGCAGAAAGCUGCACUUCAGGUAAGCUAUUUGUACAACAAUAAUAGACAUUAUGACUUUGUUGUGUUGUGUGUGUUUCUUUCCUCAGUGUGUCUCAUUAUGCCACUAUUCCUUGAAUGUCAGUCUGUGGGGUAUGAAAAUAAGUUUUGGGGAAAAGCUUUAGAAUUGGUACAGUAACCAUGGUAGAUUAUGAAGUGGCCUUGCUACCUGCUGAUAAAAUUUAGAUCUCAAUCUCAUGCUUUAUCGUGAUAGCCUAUCUGUCUAGUUUUUAAAUAUGUCUAUGGUGUUGAUGUUAUCAUAAACAGAGUUGCAUUUCUUAUCCAACAGAGAGCUGGACCACAACAAUUAAAUUAAACCCUUAAGGAUAGAGAUAAAUUUGUCCAAGUUCUUAAGCAAAACGAAACCUUGAGAUAACACUAACCCUAUACCAACCCCCACACUUAACUAUAUAGCAUCGACACCCCUUACUCAGUGUUUACACUAAGUCUCUAACAUUACAUACUUAGAUCUUGUAAAUUUAAUUUAUAUGUACAUAAAUGGUAAAUCGGUAGGUCAUGAAGUUACCUAAUAUGUUCCAAAAGAGCACUCCCUUUGCUAGAACAUGCCUCCACCCAACUCCCUAAAAUGCGUGUCCUUCUUUGGCUGCAUCAAUGAUUUUAUAAAAAAACAAAAACAAAAAAACAAUCUUUGGUCAAUGAGGUGUAGUGAAAAUUCCAUAUAACAUAUGAAAAUACUUUUUGGAUAUAGAACAUAUAAUUUAUAUAUAUAUUUUUCUCUUGUUCAUACAGCAUGCUCACGCUCAUUCAUCUGGAUACUUCAUAACCCAAGACUCUGCAUUUGGAAACCUGAUUCUCCCUGUAAUACCGCGUCUUGAUGCAGAAUAAUAGACUACAGUGCCCUUGUUCCAGCUGUACAUACUGCCUUAAGGAAGCUAUUUAAAAGUGAACCUUCUUGUCCUGUAUCUUCCUUACAUAUUAUUUUGCUAUUUUUUUAACACAUUCUGUAAAUGUUUAAUGUGAACUUCUGCUGAUUAAAGCAUCAGUAAGAGAGAGGAAUCAUUAAACUAUUACGCACACUGUUUCCAAGCUGCUUGUGUUGGAAGUUGUUUAACUGUAAAAUAAGUUUUUAAUUCUUAUUAUUAUUUUUUUUAAAUACUUUAUUUGAGUGACAGCCUUGUCAUAUGCAUGCAUUACAAAUGGUGCAUAAUACAAAGAAAAACAAGAAAGGAGGUUAGCGCUAAUAAUAAAAAGGUGGAUGGGCAGCGGCCUAGCAGAGGGUAACCCUCUAUAGUAAGAAUGGAAAACAACAACAACAGUAAUGCAAGGCUGCGCCAAAAUGUAUCAAUGUGGACUACAAAUAGUAAAAAGACAUAUAAAUAAAACUUAUAAAAGUUUAAAAUAAAAUAUCGAAAAUAGUCCAAAAAGAUUUUAGAAGUUGCACUGUGGCAAUAGAUGUCUUAUAAGGUGCUUUUGGUGAAUGGGUCUCUUCUCUGUUUAUAGUAGUCCAGUUGGUCUUGUGAUAUGGAAGACACAAGAUAAGAGACCAAUCGUAUAGAGUCUAAGGGUCAAUAUAUGUGAGCUAAAGAUAUAAAUAUUCUACUCACAUUUAAAUGAGCUACAGCCAGCUCAGGUAUAACAGGCGUACAGCGGAACAAUCCCGGCUUAUGGGAUAUAUGGAUGAUUGUCCUCCGGACAAUCCACCCUGCUAUGUUAAUAGCUUGCUAGACCCUGCAAGAGCCUCCUGUAUGUGAUUAAAGUUCAAUUUAGAGAUUGAGAUACAAUUAUUUAAGGUAAAUUACAUCUGUUUGAAAGUGAA